AUGAACCAGGUACUACAGGCCAACUUUCUCGGGGUGCACAGGCUGAAGGUGAAGCAGAUAAAGGGCACCGAGUACACUAGGCAGUUGAGCAAGGUGGGCGUCAAGAGCGUGAAAGAGUCCAUUGAGGCCAGGGGUUGGCAAAGCGCUAACUCGCCGUACGUGCUAGUACCUCGUGAGCAGUUGCCGGAUGGCAAGCAGACAGUCUGGAAUAGCGAUGUCCUGUCGUCGCUGGAGGUUUACUGCCUGGAUGGCAAUCAUCGCCUGCGAGCCCUCACGAUCCUUUACGGCGGCGAGUUCGAGCUAGAGUGCCGGUGCUACCUACAUUUCGACGAUGCUGUCAUGGUCAAUGCACUGGCGAGAAGCGUGAACAACACGACGGAGGCGACCGCUAAGACGACCACGUACGAUCGCAUCUUCUCCUGCAAGAAAGCGCUGGAGGCUAUCAUGGCUGCAGAGAACCUCGGAAACGACGCCUCCAAAGUGACAGCUAGAAUGCUGUCAGACGCUUACAAGAAGAGCGGAGACGCCCCCCCCAGCAACCCGAGUCUAUGCAGUCACAAGAGGCUCGUGAUAGGACUGAAGGAACCUGCGUUUGCGUCGCUCAAGGAGGUGUCGGAGAGCGAGGAAAAAGGCGUGGACAUGCANGGAGCUGCGUUUGCGGCGCUCAAGGAGGUGUCGGAGAGCGAGGAACAAGGCGUGGACAUGCAGAGUUUGUCGAAAACCCUUCUCGACUGUGACGCUGUGCUGAAGUUCCCCUUUGGGCGCGACUUUGAACAGUCGCUCCUCAUCCACAUCCUAGCAAGGUUCAAGUCCAACGACCCACGAAAGAAGAUGCCCGUCAAGAGUGACCUCCCCAAGCUAAGGCAACGUGCCCUCGAAGCUGGAGAUUUACACAAGCUCGUGACCUCCGUCAUCCCGUUCUAUCACUGGAGUCCCGAGUUCCACAAGGCGUUUUUCGCGAUAGUGUACGGUAGGCACACGGACUGAGAAACGUGGGGGAUUGGCCGCAUGCAAGACAGAGACAGGGAGGUGGAGCACCUUUCUGGAUUGUUGAAGAGAGGUACCCAGCUGACGGAGGAGCAUGUCUGUAUCAAGUCGAAGCUCACCAACAAGCUCGAUAAGGUGGGCGUACCCGUGUCCUUGUUCUCAUGCCCUCGUGGCAUGCGUUCUUGUUCCCUCAAGAACCGUUGUAUAGAAACCGUACGCUGCUAGACGCUGCUCUACAUCACAACCUACUAUUCUGCAGCAGUUUAUUUCAACGUAUGUUGGAGUGCAUGUUUGGACAUGCAACGUUACAAUACUCGCUAUUUGGGUUACUAGGUGCCUAACGGUGCCGUUCCGCCCGUUGCGGCCCGAAUCGUUCACUAAAUUCUCGACGUUGCUGCCUGUUCGUCGCAUUUUCCGAAGCUUGCAAGGAAGAGUUCGGACAUGCGACCCUUCAUGGACGCGUGGGAUAAGAGGAUGUCUGACGUCGACGUCUUCGUCCAACAGCACGAGGGAGACACCUCCUCCUCGUCCUCCUCCUCGUCGGAGGAGGAGGAGGACGACGAGACGCCUGAGUCCCGAGCUGGCGACGUGUGCAAUCCGUCCCCUCCCUCUGAUGGGUAAGUAUAUAUCGUUUGUGUCCCCGCGAGUACGGGCAUGUGGUUUGAACCUCAAGGAAUACUAAUGAAUGAAAGUUCUUUUCUUUUCGGAACUCAGCGUGAAGGGAUGGUUACUACAGUGCAGUGCAAAUGCUGCAACCGCUAGAAGAGUACUCUCAGUAGUAUGUCUUUUUGUAGGGGGCGAAGGAGCAGGAGGAGGGGCUUUUUUUUUUUCGCUGUCACGACUACUUCUCUUUUUUAAGGUCGACUGAUAUAUGACGCAGCAAGGUUUGUACCCUGAAGUAUGCUGCUAUACUCACACACUGUUUCUUGACUUCUUUUAAGCUCCGCCCGUU